AUGAGGGGAAAUAAGAACUUUGUUAUGCAUAAAAAGAAAGAAGAAGGAAGGAAGCAGCUUUUGAAUGGUACCUCUCACACGAAGUUUGAAGUCCGUACAGCUGUGCUAAACGCAUCGAAUUCACCAAGUGGCGUCCUGAAAUUAGUGCCGCGUUUGGUCGGUCAGGCCGAACAUUCAAGAAACAAAUUCAACUUAUCAUUGUUUGGAGAAGCAUCAAAAUAUCUUCAAUAA